UCCGAGAUCACCAACUCGUGUUUCGCGCCCGAGAACCAGAUGGUAAAGUGCGACCCCCGACACGGCAAGUAUAUGGCCGUGUGUUUGCUAUACAGGGGCGAUGUGGUGCCCAAAGAUGUGAACGCCGCCAUCGCCGCCAUCAAGACUAAGCGGAGUAUUCAGUUUGUCGACUGGUGUCCCACCGGUUUCAAAGUGGGCAUCAACUACCAGCCGCCAACAGUGGUUCCCGGCGGUGAUCUGGCGAAAGUGCAACGGGCGGUGUGUAUGCUGUCCAACACGACGGCCAUAGCCGAGGCGUGGGCCCGACUCGACCACAAGUUCGACCUGAUGUACGCCAAGCGGGCGUUCGUCCACUGGUAUGUCGGGGAGGGUAUGGAAGAGGGAGAGUUCUCUGAGGCCAGGGAGGACUUGGCAGCGCUCGAGAAGGACUACGAAGAGGUGGGCAUCGACUCGGCUGAUGGCGAUCAGGACGCCGGCGACGAGUAUUAA